AUGGAGAAUUCGGGUCCAUUUUGUCGAUGUGGAGAUGCUGCUGAACUAGUAAUUUCAUGGAGCACAGACAGCCCUGGUCGUCGAUUCUACGGCUGUAAAAAUUACAAGAAAGAUAAGAAAACUGGCUGUAAGUAUUUCGCGUGGUUUGACCCCCCGACUCAUGAACACUUGAAGCCGGUGAUUUUGGGUUUGCUUAAGAAGAAGAAUCAGCUUGAAGGGCAUUUGCAGGAAUCCAAAAAACAGAGGAACUGGAGGAGAAUUUUUUUUCUGAUUUUAGGAUUAAUCUUCAUUAAGGCCAUUGUAUUUGGUACUCCUGACGAAAUACCCAAAUAA